AUGUUUAAUCCAAAAUGGGGAGCACCUCCACCUGGGGGCGACCAUAACAAAGGAACAGCUAUAGAAGUGGCCUCAUGGGUAUUCACCUCCAUAGCAUUCAUCACAGUCAUUUUGAGACUCUAUGGGCGGCUGAGACUCACACGUAAUCCCGGCUGGGAUGACUUUUGGAUCGUUUUGUCAAUGAUCUUCAACCUGACAUACACCAUUAUGAUCGUGGUCGCGGUAAAUGCUGGCAACGGAAGGCAUCUCUACUACUUGAACCUGUCACAAACUACGAGUGCCAUCAAAUGGAAUAGCAUUGCCUACAUCCCGGGCAUCAUGUCCUUCAGCGUCCCUAAGGUCGGAGUGGCCGUGCUCCUGAUGAGACUCCUGAAUCCCAGCAGGAUGCAGCAAUACAUCAUGUACUCGCUCAGCUACGCAUGUAUCGUCAUCUCUGCGCUGUCUGCGGUCUUGCUCUGGCAGCAAUGCGAUCCUUCAGCCGGUCUUUGGAACCCAGCACUAAAGCCUGUAUGCUGGAGUCCGUCAAUCCUAGUCAACUAUUCAAUAUUCGGCGGAGCGUUCUCAGCGUUUACGGAUUUCUACCUAGCCGCUUACCCCUGCUUUGUUCUCUCCAAGCUCAACAUGAGUCGCCGGAAGAAGACUAGUCUCACUGCAGUACUGAGUCUCGGCUUCAUCGCGGGGGGUAUUGCAAUUUCCAGAUGUACUCGUAUCACCACACUCUACGACCGUACAGACUACACCUACGCCACUACCGACCUCCAUCUCUGGACCUCCAUCGAAGGUAGUUUCAUCAUCAUUGCUGCCAAUCUGCCUACGCUUCAGCCUAUCUUUCUCAUCGUAGUAAGUCGUUCGCUUGGUGGGAGCAACAAUGCUUGCAGCAAUGAGAAGCAGAAAGGAAGCGCCUACAAGCUGAGCAGUAUAGUGGUGGAGGGUAGGAGUGGCAUGCGAUCUGGCGAUAGGAGGGGUCCAAAAGAUCAGUUUGGCUUCCAUACCGAGGAUCUGGUCAGGGAUAACGACAGCGUCGACAGAAUCCUACCGCACCACUGCAUUGAGAAAACGUUUGACAUCCGGUUCGAGCAUGAAAGUAGUGAUGGGUAUGGGCAGGUCUCAGAGCGUAACUCCGUGCAUGAACACAUCAAGCCGAAGUCGCACGGAGCAUAUAGGAAUGGUUUUGACGCAGUCUGA